UCGGCAACUUAAGCAAAAUGUUCAAAUUCACCUUCGCUAUUUUGGCUGCUGUCCUCUUGGUCGCCCCUGCCUUCGGCACGGUCUACAACCGUUGCUCCUUGGCCCGUGAAAUGUACAAAUUGGGUGUACCAAAGAACCAAUUGGCUCGCUGGACCUGCAUUGCUGAACAUGAAUCGUCCUACAACACCAAGGCUGUUGGCUCCUUGAACUCCAAUGGCUCCCGCGACUAUGGCAUCUUCCAAAUCAACAACUACUGCUGGUGCUCCCUACCCUCCGGUGCCUUCUCCUAUGAUGAGUGCAAGAUCAAGUGUGAAGAUUUCUUGGUUGACAGCAUUGAACCCGCUGUCAAGUGUGCCCAAUUGGUUUUGAAACAACAAGGCUGGACUGCCUGGUCCACCUGGAAGUACUGUGACGGUACUUUGCCCAGCAUUGAUGAUUGCUUCUAAAUUAAUUUGAUGGUAGGAUUUGAAACGAAAUUAAAUAAAUGGUUUAAAAA